UUUGUUUUUUGCUGGAAAACGUCAUAAGGUUUGUAAUAGAAAUGUCUCUAUUUGUCACUGUAUGUUGGCUUUUUCUCGGCCUGGGGCUUCUAUCCCACACAGUAAAUGGUAUAGACUUUAAGGGACUGCUGAAGAUUUUAGGCAGUGUAACCCCUGAUGAGAUUUUAUCUAAAGAGGCCAAGGCAAUCCAAGGAAGAAGUGGAUUUGAACAAAAUACAGAUUUGUGCUUCAUAGUGCAGAUUUCAUGUCCAAGUAAUAAACGAGUACUGAACAAGAUUAUUGAAGACAUAAAUAGAAUUAUAUCUAACGUUGGGAAUCAAAGCUGCUAUACAAUUAUAAUAUAUAGCAAAACUGCCAAGAAAUUCAUUGACUGGACAGAUGCCAAAAAACAACUUAUAAAGAAAUUUAAACCUCCAAGAAAAUGUGAUGAUUGUCAAGCCCAACUCCCAACUGCCCUUGAUUUGUGCAAGAAACAGUUGAAAGAGAAGAAUGAAAAUAGCCGAGAUAUUGUGCCAGAUGUGAUUGUCACCUAUACAGAUGGUCUGAGCUUCAUUUCAAAGUUUGACAAAACCUAUCAAAUUACUACUGUAAUACCAAAAUUACUAGAAGUUAAACAAUGUCCAAACACAGCUGGACGUGCAUUCAAAGUAGGAGACUAUUCCUAUGCUUCUGACGAAUGGACUCUAUUGGAGUUUGACAACACAAACAUUUUAAACUACAUCCACAUUAAAAAUCUUAAUAUCAAUCCACAUGCAGUAGAAAUACCAGCAGUUGAAGGAAUAACUAAGGAGGGUGAUCCUAUAAUAUGUCCACAUUGUUGUAAUGCUGAUGUUGUGAUAAUAAUUGAUCGAUCAGAGAGCAUUCUUCUGCCAGACAUAGAAAACGUUCUAAAAUUCUUUGAAGAUUUUAUUAUGGCUCUAAAAUACAAGAUAUUGCCCCUUGCACCACCCGGCCCCGGACUCAGAUUUGCCAUCCUCACAUACAACUGCCCUGUAUAUAUUCACUGCCACCUUGGGGCAAAUAAUCACACUGGUCUGAUAAAGUGUGUGAAGGGUAUCCCCCAUGCAACAGGUAAAUAUACUAACACAGCAGAUGCAUUGAAAGAGGCACAUAAACAAUUUUCCCUAUAUGGUAGGAAUAGCGUUGAAGUACGUGAAAUAGUUAUCAUAGCAACUGAUGGAAGAACGUGGGAAUGUAAUGCAAGAACUGUUUCUGAUCCUCCUACUGCAACUAUAGCUGCAGCGAAGGACCUUAAAGAUGCCGGAAAGGAAAUCUAUGUUUAUGGGCUUCCAAACCACAAGGGUCUUGUUGAUGGGUGUAAACGAGAAUGGAUCCAUGUUGCUAGUGAUCCUAAAGCUUGUCACAUCAUUGACUUCACCGAGGGAACAUUUUCAGAGGAAGACUUAUUAUUAGGAGGAACACACCUUGUAAAGGAAAUUU